UGUACUUGAGCUUUGUUCCAGACUCGUUGCAUUACAUUACAACAUACAUAACUCACUCUGCGGAUCUCGCAGAUCUGAGAAAGAACACCAAACUUUUCUCCUUAAAAACCCACAAUUCCCACAACAUCACCAUUUUGAUCCAACCAUUUCUUCGAUCAAUCUGAUUUCAGGUAAGCUACCUUAGAAUAAAAUGGAGAAGUCCUGUUCUUUGCUGAUACACUUUGAUAAGGGCACACCAGCUCUUGCCAACGAGAUCAAGGAAUCCCUUGAAGGGAGCGAUGUUCCUGCCAAGAUUGAUGCCAUGAAGAAAGCUGUCAUGCUUUUGUUGAAUGGUGAAACCCUACCCCAACUGUUUAUUACUAUUAUUAGAUAUGUUUUGCCCUCUGAAGAUCACACGAUUCAAAAGCUGCUACUUCUGUAUUUGGAGAUUAUUGAGAAGACCGAUUCUAAGGGGCGUGUGCUUCCUGAAAUGAUCCUAAUUUGUCAGAACUUGAGGAAUAAUUUGCAGCAUUCAAAUGAGUACAUUCGUGGAGUUACUUUGAGAUUCCUUUGCCGGCUGAAUGAGGCUGAUAUAAUUGAACCUCUAAUUCCAUCUAUUAUGAGUAACUUGGAGCACCGGCAUCCGUAUGUUCGCCGGAAUGCAAUUCUUGCUGUGAUGGCUGUUUACAAGCUUCCACAGGGCGAGCAGCUCCUGGCAGAUGCACCAGAAAAGAUUGAGAACGUUCUUACCACGGAGCAGGAUCCGUCAGCUAAAAGGAAUGCAUUUUUGAUGCUUUUCCAAUGUGCUCAGGAACGUGCUGUCAAGUAUCUCUUGACCCAUGUUGAAAGAGUAUCUGAUUGGAGUGACUUACUUCAAAUGGUUGUCUUGGAUUUGGUCCGCAAAGUUUGCAGGACAAACAAAGGGGAGAAAGGGAAGUACAUCAAGAUAAUUAUAUCCCUGCUCAAUGCUCCUUCUGCUGGUGUUGUCUAUGAAUGUGCUGGAACUCUUGUUUCUUUGUCUUCUGCCCCAACUGCCAUAAGAGCUGCAGCCAAUACCUAUUGUCAACUUCUACAAUCUCAGAGUGACAACAAUGUGAAGCUUAUCGUGCUUGAUAGACUGAAUGAAUUGAAAUCUUCUCAUAGGGAGAUCAUGGUUGAUAUGAUAAUGGAUGUCCUCAGAGCGCUUUCAAGCCCCAAUCUUGAUAUCAGGAGAAAAACACUUGACAUUGUUCUUGAGUUGAUCACCCCCCGGAAUAUCAAUGAGGUUGUUCUCACACUUAAGAAAGAAGUUAUGAAAACCCAGAGCGGUGAACUUGAGAAGAAUGGUGAGUACCGUCAAAUGCUUAUCCAAGCCAUCCAUUCAUGUGCCGUGAAGUUCCCUGAGGUCGCAAGCACAGUUGUUCAUCUGUUGAUGGACUUCUUGGGAGAUAACAAUGUCGCUUCUGCAAUUGAUGUGGUUGUUUUUGUCCGUGAGAUUAUUGAAACAAAUCCAAAAUUAAGGGUUUCCAUUGUUACAAGGCUACUGGAUACGUUCUACCAAAUUCGAGCGGCACGUGUUUGUUCAUGUGCCCUUUGGAUUAUUGGAGAGUAUUGUCUAUCUCUUUCUGAAGUUGAGAGUGGCAUUGCAACUAUCAAGCAGUGCCUUGGAGACCUACCAUUUUAUUCAGCUUCUGAGGAAGGCGAAGCUAAUGAUUCUUCGAAAAAGUCUCAGCCAAUAAACUCCACUACUGUUUCGUCUAGAAGACCUGCUGUCCUUGCUGAUGGGACAUAUGCUACUCAAAGUGCUGCCUCUGAAACUGCUUUUUCACCCCCGACCGUAGUUCAAGGAUCUUUGACUGCUGGAAAUCUGAGAUCCCUCCUGCUGACUGGUGAUUUCUUCCUUGGGGCAGUUGUUGCUUGCACCCUGACUAAGCUCAUUUUGAGAUUGGAAGAAGUUCAACCAUCCAAAGCUGAAGUGAACAAAGCAACAACUAAUGCAUUACUGAUCAUGGUCUCAAUGAUACAGCUAGGGCAGUCUUCAGCUCUUCCACACCCAAUUGAUAACGAUUCCUAUGAUAGGAUAGUUCUGUGCGUAAGAUUGCUCUGUAACACUGGCAACGAGGUCAGGAAGAUCUGGUUGAACUCUUGCCAUGAGAGUUUUGUUAAAAUGCUUUCUGAUAAGCAGAUGCGAGAGACAGAAGAGAUCAAAGCAAAGGCUCAAAUUUCUCACUCUCAGCCAGAUGACCUCAUUGAUUUCUACCAUUUGAAGAGUAGGAGGGGCAUGAGCCAGCUGGAGUUGGAAGAUGCAGUCCAAGAUGAUUUGAAACGUGCCACUGGAGAAUUUGUCAAGGAUGAGACUGAUGCUAAUAAACUAAACCGGGUUCUGCAACUCACAGGAUUUAGUGACCCUGUUUAUGCUGAAGCAUACGUGACAGUUCAUCAUUAUGAUAUUGUCCUAGAUGUGACAGUUAUUAAUAGAACUAAAGAGACCCUCCAGAAUUUAUGUUUGGAAUUGGCAACGAUGGGUGAUCUUAAACUUGUUGAGCGUCCACAGAAUUAUACUCUUGGUCCUGAAUCAAGCAAACAGAUAAAAGCAAACAUCAAGGUGUCCUCAACUGAGACUGGCGUCAUUUUUGGGAACAUUGUUUAUGAGACUUCGAAUGUGUUUGACCGGAUGGUGGUUGUGCUAAAUGACAUCCAUAUUGACAUCAUGGAUUAUAUAUCCCCUGCAGUGUGCAGUGAUGCUGCUUUUAGAACCAUGUGGGCAGAAUUUGAGUGGGAAAACAAGGUUGCUGUCAACACUGUCAUUCAAGAUGAAAAAGAAUUCCUUGACCAUAUAAUCAUAUCAACCAACAUGAAGUGCCUCACUGCGCUGUCUGCUUUGGAAGGGGAAUGCGGGUUUCUUGCUGCUAACUUGUACGCAAAGAGUGUGUUUGGCGAGGAUGCUUUGGUGAAUGUAAGCAUCGAGAAACAAGCAGAUAGUAAGCUGAGUGGUUACAUUAGGAUAAGGAGCAAAACCCAAGGAAUUGCUCUUAGCUUGGGAGACAAGAUAACACUCAAGCAGAAGGGAGGCAGUUGAUCAGGUCAACUUGAAUUUAGUAUCACCUAGAUAUGCUGAUUGUUACACUUGAAUUUGAGGCUCCUCCAAAUCCCCCAUUUGCAGCUUGGAGGAGUGCUGGGGUUAUUGAAAGACCUUGUAGAGAUUAUAAUACUGCACUUAUUCUUAGUUUCGGAUAUAAAAGAUUCAAGUAUUUUAUUAUCUGUGAGGACAAUUUUUGUAGAGAAAGAUGGGAAGAAAUAUUGCUCUUCUUUUUGGCAUGUUUUGAGCAGGAGUUUUUGUUGAGGUUAAAUUCAUUUUUUCUGUUGAAUUA